AUGGUUUUCGAAAAAAUCGUUGUAGAAGUUUUAAACAGGAUUUUAAGUGAUUAUAUAGAGGACCUUGAUACAUCACAAUUACAUUUGGGAAUCUGGGGAGGUGAUGCUGUAUUCACAAAUUUGAAGUUAAAAAACACUGCUCUCAACGAUUUAGAAUUACCUAUUCAAACAGUGUAUGGUUUACUGGGCAAAUUAAUUUUGAAAAUCCCAUGGAAAAACUUAUAUCAAGAUCCUGUUGUUGUAUUAGUCGAGAGGUUGUUUCUUUUGGCAGAGCCUAACUUGGAGGUGAUAUAUAAUGCAGAUGCUGAAAAUAAAAAGAUGAAAGAAGAAAAACAAAAAAUUUUAGAAGAAUUUGAGAACAAUCGCAAAAUAAGAGAAUUAGGAGCGCCUCAGACGAUGGAAGAUACAUUCACCGAUAAAAUGGUUACACAAAUUAUUAAAAAUAUGCAAGUUAAGAUUAGCACUAUUCACAUAAGAUAUGAGGAUAAAGUAACUAAUCCUGGGCACCCUUUUGCUUUGGGUUUAACAAUGGACACAUUGGUGUUUAAUACUGCUGAAGGAGUUGAAAAUAAACCUACUUGGCAAAUAUUUAAGGUAAUGGAUUUAGAAUGUCUAGGAUUGUAUUGGAAUUGCACACCCGCACGUAUAGCACAGAUUACUGAUGAAGAAAAAACUAAAUUUUUGGAACAUAAUGUAGCCAAACGAGGAUUUUUUCCUGAUAAUUUUGAUUAUGUUUUUGGUCCUUUGUUCCUUUUAUCAAAAUUAAGUGCAAGUCAAAAACCCAAAAACGAUGAUCCACCUUAUAGCAUUCCAGUAGUUAAAAUAAAUAUGGACAUGCAGCGCUUAGAUAUCAAAAUUUCAAAAAAACAAUUUCAAUGCUUGAUUCUUCUGAAUGACUCCAUGGACAGAAUGAAUAAAGGUUUGCCAUACAGAAAAUACAGGCCAUUCCUUGAUAUAUAUUCCGGUCAUGCAAAGGAAUGGUGGCAAUUUGCUUAUGAGUGCAUUGUCAAUGAACAAAUUCGACGAGUGAGAAAAAAUUGGGAUUGGAAUCAUAUAAAAGGACACAGAAUGGUGUAUAAGUUGUAUAGCAAAGCUUUUAAAGAAAAAGUCAAACGAAAAGGGCGCAUUACAGAAGAUAUAAAAGGACAAAUAGAAUUUUGUGAGGAUUAUUUGGAUACUGCAAAUAUACUUCUUAUACGAAAACAAGUUUAUUUUGAGCUAGAAUUAGAAGAAAAGCAAAAACAAGACUCAGCCAAAAAUAAAUCAUGGUUAUCGCGUUGGUGGUCUGGUAGUGAUACCGAUUUGGAUUCAUCUGGAAACAUAAAGGAACAAUUUUAUAGAGCAUUAAAUGCUAAUGAAAAGAUGAAGUUAUAUGCAGCCAUUGGAUUGGAUAAAGAUGAAAUACCAUCACCUUAUCCUGAAACAUAUUAUGACUAUGUUCUUACAUUUUUGCUGAGCACAAUGCGAAUAGUGAUUUUCAAUGAAAACAACGAACACAUCAGUGAGUUUUUUAUCAAGUCAUGUCGUCUGCAUGUUGGUAAUCGUUCAAAAUUUUCUGGAUUAAGGAUAGAGUUCACAAUCAGAGAUAUGGCAAUGUUCGGGAAAAAGCAAGAUAAGUAUCUUCCAGUUCUAAUUGAACCUAAAGGACGUUUUCCUAUGCUUUUUGAAAUCUUAUACGAAAUGGUACCUUUGGAUAAAAAAUGCGAUGAAAGAUUAGUCGUGCUCGCUAAUCCUUUACAAAUUAUGUAUGAUGAUGUCACUAUUCAAAGCAUUAUAGAUGUUUUCACAAUAGUAACAGAAGAUCAAGUUUUUAAUGCUUUGGCUGAUCUAAAUAAAACAACAAAAAUGAAUGUUAAAGAAAUGUCUGCUUUGGGUCUACAAUACGCCCUUACCACCAAAACUUUCCUUGAUUGUAGAAUUAACGUACUGGCACCUUAUAUUGUCAUACCUUAUGCUGGAUGCAAUGUGAAUCCAAGAUCAAUACUUAUCAUCGAUUUGGGUAAAUUGAUUAUUACAACAGAACCUAGAGCACCUAGAGUGGAAGUUAAAACAAUGCACGAUGAAGGUUUAGAUGAGGAAGAAAUUUUGAAUAAUUUGAUUCUACAAUCUUAUGAUUCUUUUAUUACUAAUAUUACAGACGUUCAGAUUCUUCUUGCUCUAAGAAGUGAAGAGUUGGUUAAUAGAGUUGGAACAUCCAAGGAUGAUAAUAUGAAUAUAAUUAAUCCCAUUUCAUUAAAAAUUACCAUCCAAAAGUGUCUCAUAUCAGACGAUCCAAGAUUUCCAUCAAUGAAGAUAUCCGGAGUAUUGGAUUCAGUUCAAAUUAAUUUCAGUGAUGUUAGAAUUGUUGAAACGGCUGCUUUAGCUUUAAGUUUUCAAAAAACAACACAAGCGAAUAACAAUCUAGCAGAUAAAAAAUCAACUACUUCUAAAGCAUCUACUAUGACAGCAGCUUCUUCUUCAUCUAAAAUAAUAAAUUUAAUUUCGAAAGAAAUAAAUGCUCAAAAAGUCGACGAAGGAAAUCCAAUGUCAGCGCAAUUAGUAUCAUUAUAUGUAGAUUUCAAAUUUGGGGAAUUAUCUAUAAAUUUAUACAAAACUGUGGAAGUAACCCUAAAGUCUCGCAGACAAAAGGAUCCACAAGAAUACUGUCAGAAAUUAAUACACUUCAAUGUUCGUCAUUUGAAUUUUAUAAUGGUUCAAAAAUCUUACGAUUUAAGUUGUGACUUAAGUCUUGGAAGCAUUGAACUGCAACACUACAGAAGCCCGGAAACUGUAGAUAUUAUAAAAACUAUUAAAACUGUCAAAUUUAUUCACGAUCGUGAUAACUUGUUUAAUAUUUCCUACAAACAGGUUGAAUUGGAAUCACCUUUUUUUGCAACAGAAUUUGCCAGUGUCAAACAAAAGAUUGAAUUAGAUUUUAAUGUUUUAGAUAUUACUUUAAAUCAACAGAGUAUAAAUGAAAUCUUAUCGGAAGCACAGGUACUUCAGAAAAGACUUAGUGAUCUAAAAAUUGAACAUAUAAGAAACAUUAACAAAAAAAGUAAUAAAACAUUUGCAGAAGUUGUCAGUCUACUUUUCAAGGAAGAAAAUUUUACUAAAAUUGCUAAAUCUUCAGGAACACUUUUAGCUAGAGUUAUCGAUUUCAAAAAACAAAUGGAUAUGCAGAAUGAAAUCACUGAUAUAAAAAUUCUUGCCAAAAUUGAAGAAGUUUCUUUGCAUAUAGCAAAUGACAGAAGAGAUUUAGCACACUUUGCUCUUGUUGGAAUAUCUAGUGGUAUCGUAAGCAAAAAAUCACACAAGAAGAUCACAUUAAAAUUGAAAGAUAUAAGAUUACGAGACAAAAAUGUGAAGAGCAUUCACAAAACGAUAGUAGAAGUUGUAGAAGGUGUAGCAUUACAUUGUAUUGUUGUUUGGUACGAUUUGGUUCGAACUCCAAAAUAUAACAAAAAUGAUAUGUCCAUUGUUGCAAAUGUGGGAUGUGUUAAAAUUGUUUUUCUUAACUGGUUUUUUAAUACAAUUAUUGAUUUUAUAAAAAAUUUUGAAUACGCCCAUAAAGUAAUAGUAGAUACAGCGACAGAAGCGGCCGAUGCGGUUAUAGAACAAAUAAACAUGAAAAAUAUCACAAGAGUCCAAUUAAAUCUUCACAUCAAAGCACCUAUAUUGGUUCUUCCAAUAAAUUCCCAAAGCUUACAUGUGUUCAUAUUUGAUUUUGGCUAUAUUACCAUCAUGAAUAAAUUUGAUAACAUAAGAGCGUUUGAUAUGGAUGAAAUUCGAAUAGUGAUAGAAGAGUUAUCCCUGCAAUUAGAAGAUUUGCAAAUGUCGAGAGCGAGUUUGUCAAAGUCUCAUUUUGUUGAAAGGGAACAAACAUUAUUAAGACCUACAUCAUUCUCCAUGUUAAUCAAAAGAAAUCUGUCUUAUGUUUGGUAUACUAAUGUACCACAACUUGAUAUAACUGGAAAAGUUAAAAGUAUUCAGAUUCUGCUUAGUAAAUCAGAUUAUGCAAUGGCCAUGAGCGUAAUGGCGCAAAAUUUCACUGAAGGAAAACUACCAGUGAGAGGUUCUACUCAUAUUACAGCAGAUUCAACGACAUAUCGAGAAUCGGAGUGGAAACUUUCAAGAAAAUCUUUAGAUUUAAUACAUCAUCAAACAACAAACAUUGAAGAAGAUUCUAGCGAUUCUGAAUCUUCUGAAGCAAGCUUGAAGAUUGUGUAUCGUUUUCAAUUUACUUUGGAUGUGAUGACCAUUGAUUUAUUCACUGGAGGCACUCAAUUUAAUACUGCCAAAAGUGUAAAAUUGCCAAGAAAAGGUUUAGCUCGCUUCAGUUUGCUAGUUUUAUCUGCAAAAGGAAGACAAUUCAGUGACAAAUCAAUGGCCAUUGACGUUCUACUUUGUGAUUGUACAUUUGAUGAUACAAGAAGCUACAGAGUAAAUAAAAUUUCUAGAUAUUUACAAAGAUCCACAAAACCCAUAUCAUCAUAUACAAAUUAUAGUGCAUAUAAACCAUUAAAAAGUAUGUUGGAUUUAUCAUACACCGCGACACUCCAUAAUCAAUUUGUUGCUAUAAGGGUUUUCAGUUUGAAUUUCAUAAUAAGCAUGGACUAUCUGACCACGGUGAGUGAUUUUUUCAAAACGCCCUCAGGGCAGGUCUCUACGAAGUCAACAUUCAGCAAGGAAUCCGUUGAUCGCAAAUCAUCGACUAAACUAAACAUGGCAAUUGAUCAUAAAAGUACUGUAAAAAUCGACGAUAAAAAAUUUUCUUUCACAGUCGAUUUGCGACUUGAACAGCCUGAUAUUAUUCUGGUGGAAGCUAUGGAUGAUAUUGAUUGCAAUUGCAUUAUAUUAAAUACAGAGCUACUUUUGCGUUAUAGGAAUGUUUUGGAACGUACUGUAGUAACGGGUUCCUUGAAAGAUUUGCACAUUUACACUUGUAUUUUUGAUGAGAACCGAAGGAAGGAAACUAUGGUACCAAUAUUGAAACCAUGUUCACUGAAUUUUACUGGUUCUAGUCCGACUUUACAUGGCAUGCAUAUCGAUAUAUGUGUUACUGAAAUACAAGUCUUUUUAUCCCCAAAUGUCACUCAAUUAGUUAAAAAGAUCAUGGACACUAUGAAUCAAGAAGGUGUUACAGAAAAGCCGGAAGAAGAACGUGAUUUUUCUAAUAUGUGGCUGCCAUGCGAAUUUUCUGAUUAUGAAUAUUGGUUUUUACAACAAGAAGAAGAUAUUAGCUUGUUGUCUGAUGAAGAGGAUGACAUUAUAGUGAAGAAAGCAUAUGAAGAACUAAAUUUAGUUGUUGCACAAACGACACCUUCUAAGAACGUAUCAGAAAAAUGCGCAUUAUUUGUCCCAUCGAUUCAGGUUUAUUUGGAAGGUGGCACCCAGGGAAAAACUAUGCAAUUAUUAUUUAUAGAAAUAAAGUACGAAGCGGCGUUGCACGACUGGAAUUCGCAGAUGUAUGUUUUUAGCGAUAUGUGGAUAAAAAUGGCUUACCAAAAUACCAAACACGGUUUAUGGGAAGCAAUUAUAGAACCCAUGGAAGAAGUGAUCGAUGGAUUGACAGUUUACACACCCUGGCAAUUAAAAUUAGACCUUGAGAACAAAUUGGUUGUGGAUAAAUUCGAACCGAUCAUGACUCGAAAAAUCACAAUAAUGUCGCAAAAUAAUCUUGAACUGACCUUAUCGAAAACAUGUUUGGAAGUCUUGACAACCUUGCAAAAAUCAUAUGGCUUUGUUGAGUCUACAGGAGAAAGCAUCGAAGUAGAACCAGCCAGCAAUGUUAAUUUUCCGUAUUUAAUCAGAAAUGAUUUAGGAUUUGAUGUGACCUUAUUACUGAGUCUUAGUCCAUUUAAGGCAUGUGGAAGUGUAGACUACCAAGAAAUUGUUCUUGGGAACGGAGCGCAAACUUAUUUACAAUUACGAGAAGUAUCUAAAAUACAAUCUCCUGUAUCGACACAUGAUACACCAUUUCCUCAUAUACAUUCAGAAAAGAAAUUAACGGUCAUACUAGACCAUCAAAAAAGUGAGUUAAUUUUGCCCUUGAAUAGAGCUGAUAAAAGAUAUUUUGUGAUGUCCAAAGAAAAUCCAAAUGGUGAACCGAGGGCAGUAGUUUCCGAUGUUCAAAUCAAUGAAAAUGUGACAACUUUAACACUUCGGAGCAUAAUACAGGUAUGA